UUCAGACCCUUAUGACUCCAUCGUGUCAGUUCAUCCACUUCAGGUGGUUUGAUUGAUUUUGAAUGGCUCACCCUGUAGGGGGGUUCAUGUUUGCCGGCUGAUUAGUACGACUCUAUUUUCACUGAGGGCAGUUUCGGGACCGAGUUAUGCAGGACGGAUCGUACGGAGAGUCGAGGGCGCCGUACUGGCGAUAUCAGUUACCCUUAAACGUUCUUUGGGGGUGGAUCCACCCAAUUCUCCUUUUAGGCUAAGAAAGUACAAAUUUUUGACUGACCCGUCGUGUUUCCUCCCCCAAAAAACAACAGUAGUUAGUGACACUUUGUGAUAGACACCCCUAUGUGAUUACGAGAUAAAAUUAACAGAGUAACGUUGCGAUUGCAAUGGUACGCUCUGAAAAUGCAGAAAGUAAUUAAAAAAGAAAAUUGAAAAAUGACAACAAUCGGUAUUUGAUAAUAAUUAAUCGGCGAUUCUUCUAUUUUAUAUCGAAAGAUGAACCGUGAGAAUGAGGAACAACGACCAAUCUCACAAACGCUAUGCGGUGCAUUGCAAAAGGAAGCUAAUUGCAAGUGUCUGGUAUUGUCAUUGUUAAUUUACGGCUGUCUAGCGGCUAUCACAUGGUGCCGGUGUGCUAACGUUACUAAGGUCGUCAUCAAUGCCUUUAGAAAUCCCAUCAGGAGUACGAAGCACGUGUCACCCUGCGACGAUGGUUACAUAUACAUACCGGUGGCAUUCAUGGGUAUGCUCUACUUGGUUUAUCUGGUAGAGUGUUAUCAUUCACCGACAAGGAUAGAUCUUUUGCAUUCAAAGAGUCAAGACAGCGUCCUGUCCAAACUGUCGCAAUUAAGAUUUUCCCAGCCAACGAUAUGGUGGAAAGCAAUUUCUUAUCAUUACGUACGAAGGAAACGGAGGAUAACACGGUACAGGAACGGUGAUAAUUACACGACAACGCAGGUCUACUAUGAGAGGUCGAACACGCAUGCAGCUACGUCCUUUUAUUUUUAUGAAUACUGUGGCGUCAGGGACAUCAGUAAGGAACUGAUCCUGGACCCAAAUACACCAAUCACUAAGAUAAACCUGACUAAGGGAUUUGCAUUUUCGAAUAUGAGAUCAGCCACAGAAUUUGAAGAGGCCAGAUCGCGAUUUUUUGCUGAACAGGAACACAGAGACAAUUAUAUGGAGAUGAGAGAAGGCUUGGACCUGGGAUACAAUUUCAAUCCUACUAACUUAGUAGCCGUUUUUGGUAAUCCUUGGUUCACGAAUUCCUACGUUUACUGGUGCUUUAGUGCAUUGUUACUAAGCUGGCCGCUCAGGAUCAUCAUCGAAUGUAAUACGCAGUACGCUGAUUAUCAGAUCACUAAAUUGUUUGGGGUCAAUUACGAUACUCCAUCCAGUGGCGAACCCAUUCACGCAUCCUCGAGCCAAUUAAGUGCGCCAGGAUCGUAUAUGCUGGCACCCAGUUACAGCGAAGCGUUAUUAAUGGAUCCUUCAGCAACCGGAAACGAAGACGAAACCAGAGAAAUGGUACCGAGUUACUCGGAAGCACUUUUGUACGAACGCGCAGAGGAUGUUACGCCCUGUGAGAUUACAGUCGAGAGGAAUUCUAAUGGGAACGACAUGAUGGUUACUGGGUGCGAGUGUCCUUGUCACAUGAUUGUUCCAGGCACUUCCGUGUCAACGAUUAGCCUUGCGGAACAAGAAGAGGUACCGGUGAAUGUAAUAGAGAACUCUGAGGAGAGGUCACAGAAUGACCUGAACGAAGUGCAGGAAACUUUACGGCUGAUCCAACGAUCGGGAAGCAUCAGUGAGGCUAGCGUAGUUGAUAACAAUUUUGCAAAUCCAUCCAACGAUUUUGACAUUGAGAUAAGAACGUGUUCCAAUUGUCAAGCCGGGACGAGCACGCAAACAAUUAAUUCCGAAAUUCUACCAAGGAUAUUAGGACACAACAGACUGAACGGCGGAUGUAGACAAGUAUCUUUAGAAACGUUAAAUAGCGGAAACGCAAAGGAGAUAAGAAUACAGCGUGAAAUAUCCGAGCCAAAUUUGAAAACGGAUUCUGAUCUGCUCAAUUCGAAUACGCUAUUUCUUCGUGUCAACGGCCAGAGCCUUGAGAACAUUUUGGAGCACGACGAGGUCGAAGGUCACGACAUGCGAGCUUGCUCUGAAAGGGCUGAAGCUUUGGUCCUCGAGGAUGAAGACUUCCUGGCCCUAAAAUCCAAUCCGUCCACAGAGUCCAGCAGCGACAGCAGUGGCCAGGGUGCAAUUCCGAAGAGGAUAGAGAUGAGAAGUCGUGUGACGGUCAAUCCAAUGUGUGAGGUCGUCAAAAAGAUACCAAGCUCCAGGACUUAUUUCUGCUUAAAGUCAAUCCUAAAACAAAACAGAAGAAGGUACACACUUGUUACAACUGAGGAGUUACAAAGCCUUGCCGAAGGUGAACGUAACAGACUGGUCUUUGUCGAGGACCUGGAGAUACCUCAGCGACCAGGAACAUCCUCUGACAGUGGCUCCACUAGGGGCUGCGUUGAACUUCCGAUAAGUGAUAAGACUCGUGGCGAUCAUGGAUCGCGAGAGACUCUAGAUAGUCAACAGAAUUCAAGAAAAAAACAAUUACAACGAAUUAAUACUAGCUGCUGUCUUACUAAUGAAAAAAGUGAAAAUUCCAGGGUAUUAAUAUUCGCCAGUCCCAUACAGGAAGUAUGUCCGAGUGAUCCAUUCGGUGGUAAAAAAGUGGUACCAACCGAAAAUCCACCAGAUUACGAAGGGGCCGUGAAUCUUCCUGUGCUGACUCGACUUCGUAGAUCCUUAACGGAACGUGAAUCGCCCAAUCAGAGAACUCAUAAUUACCGGAAGCACCAUCGCACCAUGAGCGUAGAGCCGGAAUACCUGUUUUCAGAGAAUUACAGACAAUGGGAUCAGAGCGAUUAUAGAAAUAGUAUAAUAUUACCAAACGAAGGUUUGAUACCGUCGCAAGGCACAAAAAUCCUCCUGCAAACUACCAAUCGAAUACCAAUCAAUCAAUCCACAAUAUUGCCCGAUGAAGUCGCCAUGGAGCAAGAACAUUUUUUAGAAUCCAAUCAAGCCAUUUCCAAUCUUCCUGAAGUUGCUUCCAGAGGUAAAUUCUCCAGACUGACGCGUUCCUUGACCGAAAGACGAACCGGAAGCCGAAGGGCUGAUCAUUGUCUUCAUAGAAGCUUCACGGAACGUGUCGAAUUUGCUCGUAGACCCGGAAACGGUAGAUGCACCAAUCUCAACAUGGAGACUUCGUUGUAACGAGUGGCAGCCGUUGGAACUGCUUAUUUCGACGACGUAACGAAAAUUUUAUACCUAAGUGCAGCUUAUGUCUUCUUUUAUUAUGUUUCUUCUGACAGAUUUUCAUUCAGCCAAUUAUAUUUUUUUAAAUAUAAUCAUUGCUCGUGAUGCAUUCUUGGAAAUGAUCAAUGACCACGUGCACGAGUGAAUUAUAAUAACAUGGUUAUGAUUUCGGAAAAAAAUGGCUGCCGCUAAAAAAAAUUUGCUUUCCCGUACGAACCAAAACGCCCAAUGUAAAUUCGUGUUUAAGCUGCUUGUUGGGGCGGGGGAAUAAAGGGGUGAUAAAGAUAUUAAGUGAUUUAUAAAACAGCAGCGCACAAAUAGCAAAUAUGUGCCAUAGGGGCUUGCGUAGAGAUCUAUAGUUCUUUAUUAAUCUGGUACCAGAUGUCAAAAUAACGGAAUAUGUGUAAAACGUGAAACUUUGGAAAAAUUUUUUAUCUGGUAUCACGAUUGGUACGUGUUAGAUGAUGAUAAGAAGAAAAAAAACAGAGUCGGCUUGCCUUUCAGAUAAAGAGUAUCUACUGCGAAUUUAAAGUGAUUUUUCUGAAUUAUUGACCUUUGUCAACAAUGAUGAUUCUUCAUUGUCGUACGUGACGAUGGCCAUUUUUAAUUCGCAUAGGACUCUCGUCGAUAGCUCAAUAUAUACAUACAUACACUAAUAGUAAGUAAACCAAACACCUAUUAAUUAAUUCGUAAUAGAUAAUGAAAGUUACGAGAUUUAUUAUGAAUAUAUAUAUAAUAUAUUAUAUAUAUAUUAUAUUAUAUAUAUAUAUAUAUAUGUAUACCAAGAUAUAUUUGUUGUAUUUGUAUUUUAAAAGCUUAUACGUGUAUUUUCGACUAUACAGGUUAUUAUUGUAUUACAUCGCGCAAGUAUUCCUAACGUCAAUUUAAGCUUAAGCUAAUUUUUAUUGUAUUAUGGUGGUAAUGCGUGUGUGAGGGGAUUGUUAUUGAUUCAUUAAUAAUAUUAUUAUUGGGGCUCGAAAAUAUGUGAUAUAUAUAUGUAUAUGUAUAACACCGAUUUUGGCUUUUUGGGACUGACACGAAAUCCUCUUGAACGUUCGUUUAAUAUUUAGAUAAAAAUCCUCGCCUGUCGCUCAGUAAUUUUCCCCGUUUUCGGGAAGUUCGCUUGGUAAACGCUUGGUUGUCCGAAUACGUUCAACUGCCAAGAGUAGUAAUAACAAGAGGAAAAAAGAGUAAAAUUGUGAAAAAUUGUAAUAACAAAAACAGAAGUGGUCUCGAAAAUUUGAAGAUUCGCCGCACGCAGUAUACCGGAUUUUUAAUAAUAAAUAAAAUAAAAAGUAAAGAAAAAGAAAAAAUAAUGCCAAAAAAAUUAAAACAAAAUAUAUACGAGGUGGUCGUAUUGUAAUGUAUACACAGCGUUCACUAGCGAUAUGGCGAUAUUGACGUGUUACAAAAUGAAGUAUUGGGGAUUUUCAAAAGAAAAAAAAAUCUCUCGGUCCGCUCUUCUAUUAUGCAGACAAUCCGCGAAAUAUUUUCGGGCCCGGAUGCGAGGAGAUAAGAAACUUACCGUAGGAAGAAAAUCGGUAGGGGAGCGAGAAUUAAUAAAAGUUAAUAUAACAUUACAUCGUAUAACGUAUGCCGUCUCAAAAAAGUGCUCUUGAAACUAAGGUCAUAGUACGAAAUGAGG